AUGAUGUAUAUUGAAUUUCUCGAAUUAUUAUUUUGGUUGUUUUCUCAUUCUUUAAUAUUACUUAAGCAAGAUAGAUGGAAAAUCAAAGCAUUCAAAUCUUAAAAACGAGAAAUGAAGUUUGUUUUAGAAUAAGUGUAAUCAGUUAAAUACUUUUUAGUUAUUAUUGGUCGUAAUUCUUGUGAAUUGGAUUGGUUUAGUGAACUAAUCAGUUAAAAAAUAGGAUUCACUUGAAAUAAUCUCUAAAUUAUUGGAUGAUUAAGUGAAUCCUUAAUUAUAAAUUAUUCUCAAUUUAAAGGAACUAUGUCUGCUUCCUAAAGUCUUAUUAUAAAUUUAUGAAUUAGAUAAGAAAAAUCAUAAAAGAGAGAGGUUCGAUUAAAUUUGAUUGGUAUACUUUUGCCUUAUAAAAUAAAUAACUAUUUGAGAUUCCAUUAAUUUUAUAAUUAAAAAUUAUGGAUUAAAAAUAGGAGGAGAUAACGAUUAAAGAUUUGGAUUAAGGAUAAAUUAUUUAUAAUGUUGAAUCUUCAAUUAUAAAACUCAAUAAAUCGUAACAUUGGGAUCUAUAUUGGCAGCAAUUAUUUGAGACUCAUAAAUUACUUUGCACAGCCUCAUAAGAGAAUGAUUUAGAAUAGUUACAAAUUCUAUUAUCACCAAAAUAUCCUUUACCAGUGGAUAUCAAUAUGAAAAUGGAAGAACAAUGGUCUUGUUUACAUUUUGCAGCAAUGGAAGGUCAUAUUGAAUCAUGUAGAUUAUUACUAGAACAUUAAGCUAAACCAGACAUAACAAAUGUGUUACAAAGAACUCCACUUCAUAUAGCAGCAAUCAAAGGCAAUUUGGAAAUUUGCAAAUUGCUCAUUUAAUAUGGAGCUUCUGUAAAUCUAUUCGAUUAUUAAUACAAUUCUCCAUUGCAUCUUGCAUCAUAACAUGGAAAUAAAGAAAUUGUAGAAUUUUUAUUGGAUAAUGGAGCAGAUUGCAAUGUUAGAAAUCAUUUCAAUUUUAAUGCUUAUGAUAUUAGUUUUGAUUAAUAAACAUAGGAAUUAUUUGAAAAAAGAAAUCUAUAUUAAGAUUAUUAAAAAAAGUCUUUUAGGGGAAUACAUAAUAGGAAUGAUCAUAUAAAAAAUUUAUUAAAAUUAUCAGAUCGUUAAAGCACUUAAACAAGUUAAGCAAAAGUUAGUAGAAUUGAGAUUUAGUAAGUUGGUCCUUAAGAUUUUUCAGUAUUAUGUUAAUUAGGGAAAGGAUCUUUUGGAUAAGUAUACUUAGUUUAAAAGAAAGGAAAUACUAAUUAUUAUGCUAUGAAAAUUUUGGUAAAAAAAAAAUUGUAAGCAGCUGGGAUUGUAAGAUAUAUUUAAACUGAGAGAAAAAUAUUGACAUAUGUUACCUCUCCAUUUAUAGUUAAAUUACACUAUGCUUUUUAGACAGAGAAUAAACUUUAUAUGAUAUUAGACUAUUGCCCAGGAGGAGAUUUAGAAUAAUUAAUGAUUGAAAGAGGAAAAUUACCUGAAAAAGCAGCUAAGGCUUAUGCAUGUGAAAUAUUAUUAGCUUUAGAAACAUUACAUUAGAAUUGUAUAGUCUAUAGAGACUUAAAGCCAUCUAAUGUUGUGAUAGAUAAAGAUGGUCAUGCAUUAUUGACAGAUUUUGGAUUAGCAAAGGAAUUGAAUGCACAAAGAACUACAAGUUUUUGCGGAAGUUAUGCAUAUUUAGCACCAGAAAUGUUAAAUAAGAGUGGACAUGGAUAUCCAUUAGAUUGGUAUUUAUUUGGAGUGUUUAUAUAUGAAUUGGUUUAAGGGAAACCACCAUUUUAUGAAAGAGAUAGAAAUGCUCUGUACAAAAAUAUCAAGUUUAGUGAACCAAUAAGACCAGAUAAUAUUAGUGAUGAAUUAUGGGAUCUUUUAAGAAAAUUAUUAGAGAAGAAUUAAUCAUAGAGAUUAGGUUCUAAAGAAGAUUCAGAAGAUUUAAAAAAACAUGAUUGGUUUAAAAAUGUGAAUUGGGAGUAAGUUAUUUAAAGAAAACAACCAGUUCCUAAAGCUAGUUUGAGAACAGAAAAUUGUGAUUUGGGUUUAAAAGUUACAUUCUCAGAAUAAGCUUAACAUCAUGAGAGAUCAAAUUUUAUACAUGAUUGGGAUUAUUGA